AUGGCUCCCAGAAACACACUACACUAUGCCGGGCUUGUCGCCUUGGCUUCCGGCUCUUUGGCCAUGCCCUAUGUUUCCGAGGCUCAGACGACCGUUUUCUCCGAGGCAGCCGUCACCCCAUCUGUCGUGCCUCAUACGAACGUGACCUCGCAUGGACCCUACACCGGUCCUUCGCCGACCACAACCGGGGCCAUCUCGACCAGUAUCUUGGCAUCGGCGGUACCAGUCCUGCCUCCUCCCGAGGAUGCAUACGACUACCCGGCCGAUGGAGAGCUUCACGGCGACCAGCCCGCGCCCUACACUCCGUCGGGUGGCAUCUGGACCAAUGGCUCUGCCCCCGUCUACCGCGUCAUGAGCGACUUUGACUAUCAGUCCCUGGCUCUGGCCCUGUACCAGGAGUGGAUCGAGCUCGACCUCUUCCACUGGGGUCUGGACACGUUCUCGGAAGAGGAGUUUGAGGAGCUCGGCGUGAACGGCGAGGCCCGCCACCUGAUCCAGCACAUGGCGGACCAGGAGAUCGGCCACGCCACCGUCCUCACCAACAUGCUCGGCCCCCAGGCCCCGCGCCAGUGCACCUACAACUACCCCGUCUCCAACGUCCGCGAGUUCAUCGACUUCAACCAGAAGCUCACGCGCUGGGGCGAGGCUGGAGUAUACGGGUUCCUGCCGCACCUCAACUCGGGCCCCGCCGCGCAGCUCCUGCUGCAGAGCAUCACCAUCGAGGCCCGCCAGCAGAUGGUGUUCCGGCAGUUCGAGGGCCUGUUCCCCAUGCCGGAAUGGCACACGGUCGGGAUCCCGCAGUCGUGGGCCUGGACGCUGCUGGCGCCCUACAUCUCGAGCUGCCCGUGGAACCAGACGCGGCUCAUCUGGCAGAACUUCCCGGCCCUGCACAUCCUGAACCAGCCGAACCCGUGGCGCAUCAACGGCUCCGACGCAUGGAACGAGACCACGGGCGGCUGGGCCAACACGGCCGAGACGGCCGACAUCACGGACGACGAGUCGUGCGUCAACGCCACCGACCCCCUGCAGGACUGCAGCGCCGCCAUCUCGCAGAACCGCUCCAUCCCGCUGUCGUACGCCGGCCGCCAGGUGUUCCUGCAGUGGGACGCCCCGGGCCAGCCCGUCGGGCCCAACAACAGCUACAUCACGGCGACCGAGAUCCGCGAGCCCAAGUUCGCCGCCUGGGUGUCGCAGCUCAACGUGACCUACUCGCCGCUGCUGAACCUGAGCCUCGAGGACCGCACCGCCUACACCAUCCAGCCGAACGUCUCGACCUGGGAGGGAGACCCCGCCGCCAACUCGACCAUGUUCAUCGCCCUGACGGAUGCGGAUAUCUACGUCACGCCGGCGAACUUGACUAUGCUGAACCCGCACGUCGCUGCUUUGGCCGUGUACCAGGCUGGUUGA